GGAAGUAGAUUUCGUUAAAUCAUCAUUAAUUAUAUUUCUUUACGGAGUCCACGUAUUAUGUGUAAACGUUGCUUGGUUUCUAUGUCUUACACCUGCUACAUUCGCUCUCCACUAAAUCUAUUAUCAGAUGUUACCGUGUGUAAGCCACCAACCAGUCUCUCUCUUCCGGUGCCAAAGAUGCCACAACCGAAUUCCUCGUGACACCGCAGACAUACUUCCAUCCGUUGAGACGAUUUGUGUACACUCAGAUAAAAUAGACAAGCUUUUCUAUAUCUAAAAACUGAUGCAAGAUCACAAUUAAUUCUCACCCAAUUUCCCCCAGCUUCGUAUAUACUACAACAUGUGUGCUCUCGGCAGACUUACAGAUUAAUUAUAUUUAGAAAAAAAUAUAGUCAUACAAUGUACUGAUUGACAUUUGUCUAUAGAAAAAAGGAAUCUUGUUUGUUUUCUGUAACCCUUGAAAAUGCUGCACAGAUCUGCCAAAACCCUGCUACAGAAUGUAAUACGUCACACCGACACCCAUAACAGAAUUGUGGAGGAGGCUGAAAUGUGGCGACAGAAGGAGAAGAGAUCACAACUGUCCAAGAAAGACAGAGAAAAAGACAGAGGCGGAGAGAAGGAUAAGGAUAAAGAUGACAAAGAUAAGAAGUCUACUGAUGUGUUCUUUGAGGACACCCGCAAGUCCUUUCUGUAUGAUAAUCGUGUGAGAGAUGACAGCAUAUCGUAUCGGAGGUAUCGUGCUCAUAUGGAUGAUGAGCCAAUUCCAUCAUCGACCACUCGUAGCACAUAUUAUACUCGGCAGCUACAACGGGCUGAGGAGAAUGAUCCUGGCAGGUGGGGUCACAGCGGUUAUAAGGAACUGUAUCCAGAGGAAUUUCGCAGCGAUCGAUCUGAAGACGAAGAGAAUGGUCCACAUCACCGCCGUCACAAAAGAAGAACUAGAAAAAGACGUAAAGAGAAGAAGAGGAGGCAUCAUUAUCGGUCGAGAUCUGAUGACAGUGACAGUGAUUGCGAGCCCCGUCGCAAGCGCCGCAAGAGCACUGGCUGCAGCAAACACAGAAAGCAUCGCAGGUCACGGGAUUCUUCGACGGGAUCGGAAACAGUUCGGUACAUCAGGCGGAAAAUGCACAAAGAAAGACGUCACCGGAGACACAAAUCUGAGAGGUUGUACGACACUGAAAUCGAUAUAAAACCUCGACUGCCCAUCAUCUCUGGUAGCCAGCAGCAACAACAGCAGCAGCAGUCGCUACCACCACAACAACAACAUCAGCAACAAAUACAGUCAUCCCUAAUGGGACAUCACAGACGCAACCGACACAGUUCAGGUGCUAGGGACUCCACAUCAUUACGUGAGCACAAACAGACACGUCACAUGUCUUCUGACAACACAGACUCGGGGGCUGAAAAUGACGGACCCAAACGGCAAAAGUUCCAACGUGAUUAUUCUUCAUCUGAUAGCGAGGACAGUUACUGUUUGUCUUAGUAUGUAUGUCGUGUGCAUGUUUAGUGCAUGUCUGUGUGCAUCUUGGCAGUUGAAAAAAAAAAUUUUUUGCUACAAAAAAAAAAAAAAAUGGACCCCUCCCCCCCCCCCCCCACCAACCUCUGCAAUGCCAUAUCCUUGUCAAGUCAUUCGGUGCCACUGAACUGGCUAAAACAAAACAAAACAACAACAAAAAAAAAAUCAACAACAACAUCCUGGAAGUGUUUUUAUCUCAUCUCUCUGAAAUGUGGAGAAACUGGUUAGCAACAGAAAAAGAACUGCCCUGGCUACAGUAAAAAAUGUUUCCAGAUUGUUCUGUCAACUUUUUUAUUUCUUUUAAUUCUCUGCAGAAAACAUCCAAACUGCACUUCAAGUCAGUCACCCCAAUCCACUGAAUUUCUCUGUUGUAGAUUGAUUGAUUGAUUGAGAUCUAUUAUUGCUGCUAUCAUAAUUAGUCCAUUCCAUAUGCCCCGCAGACAGUUUCUCAUCUCACUCACUCAUUCAGUACCUAUUUAAAUAUAAUGAAUUAUACCUACCUGUUAAUUAAUAUUGGUUAAAUGUAUCUGAUACAGUAAGGUAACAUUUUUUUUUGAUGGGAUUAUUUUUCUGUUAUGAAUUUAAAUUGGACAUCUUUUAUUUAUUCAUUUGAAAGAUUUUUAUUAUUAUUUUUUAAUUAUUUUUCCCUUUUUGAAAGCUGUAUGGAACAUUCUUUGAUAUGAAGAUGUAUUUUGUAAAGCAGUAGAAUAUUUUUGAUGGAAUUUAGGAAUUUUUUUAGAAGUGUGUUUAAACCAUGUCUCCCUGUCAAAUAUAAGGUGUAAAAAAGAACAGAAAUAACAAAACAGACUGUAAUAUUAUUUACCUGUUCUUGUGUGGAUUAUCAUCAUCAUCAUUAUUAUUAUUAUUAUUAUUAUCAUCAUCAUCAUUAGAGCGGUGGAUUGGCAGAAUUUUUUGCAUCAGAUUUAUCUGAGUUCAAAUCCUGCCAGGGUCAACUUUGCCUUUCAUCCUUCCAGGCUUGAUGAAACACAGUAUCUGUGAAGUACUGGGUUCAAUAUAAUUGACUAUUCCCUUUCUCCCUACUUUCAAACCUUCUGUCUAAUUAAAAAGAAACAUCUCUAUCAUAAUUAUUUUCAUUUAUUGUCUUACCUAUAUGAAAUGAUUAUAGUUUUCCAAAGAACCAUUUAACAUCAAACCAUUUUUUUUUUUUGAUUCAGUCGAGGAACAUCUAGUCAGCAAACACAAGAACAUCAGGAAUAUCUCCUGACUUCCGAUAUCCAUUCAAAUGUUUUUCCUCUUCAUAAUGCAAAUGAAAUGAAAGGAGGUAUUUGCUGCUCAAUAAUGUCUCAUAAAUAAUUUCAUUGCUCAAAAAGAGGAAAUUGUAAGACUGGAAGUUGGAAUGAAUAACUCAUUCAAGCCAAACUACU